AUGGGAACAGAGAAAGAAGAUGAUGAACAAGAUAUUGUGAAUAGGAGUAAUGAUUUAAAAAAGAAAAAGGAAAAUAAUAAAUGUGAUAAUAUGAGUAAUGAUAUAAGUGAUUCUAUAAGUAAUAAUAUAAGUGAUAGUAUAAGUACUAACAUAAGUAAUAACAUAUCUAAUAACAUAUCUAAUAACAUAUCUAAUAACUUAUCUAAUAACAUAUCUAAUAACAUAUCUAAUAACUUAUCUAAUAACAUAUCUAAUAACACAUCUAAUAACACAUCUCAUAACAUAUCUCAUAACAUAUGUCAUAAUAUAAGUCAAAAUAAUCAUGAUAUUAUUAAAAAGGUACAUAUAAAAAAUUUGAACAUUAUGAAUACACAUAAGGAUAAUAAUUAUAAAUAUAAAAACAAUGGAUUGAAUAUUUAUAAUAAAAAAAAGAAAGAUUAUAAUGGGGAUGAAAAUUUAAAAAUAAAUACAAGAGAAUCAUAUGACAUAUUUUAUUCUUAUUUAAAGUUAUCAGAAAAAAAAAGCUUAAAACAAUCAGAUAUGAUAAAAGAUAAUAUGUCUGAGCAAGAUUUUUUUAUAAAUGUGUUUUCACAAAAAUUAAAAAAACAUAAUAUAGAUUUAAUUAUGAUAAAUAAUAAAUUAUAUAUAUAUAUAAAAUUUAGUCAAGAUAUUGAUCAUUUAAUACCUUAUUUUAAAAGAGAAUUUUUUUUUAAAACAUUGAUAGGAAAUAAUAUUAUAUUAUUACUAGCCAAAAAAUAUGAAGUAACAGAAGUUUUAAUAAAAAGUCUAUAUUUAAAAGAAACUAUACAGAAAUUUUUUACAAGCAAUUUUACGAUUGAAGAUUUUCUUGUUCAUAAUAAUUUUAUGAACAAAUAUGAAAUAUAUAGAAAUAUAGUUAUUAAUAAUUUUUUUCCUAUUCAAAUGAAUAACAAAAAUGGUGAUCAUAAAAAAAAAAAAAUAAAUAAUAAUAAUAAUAAUAAAAAGAAAUAUAUUGAUCAUGAAGAUAUAAAUAAUUUUGUGGAAUAUGUUCAUGAUCUUGAAGAAAAUCAAAAAUAUUCAUCACUUCCAUUUGAAAAAAAAUGUUAUAAAGAAAAUAUAAAAUGCAUGAAAAAUUUUGAAAAAUCUCACAAUAUGAAUAAAAUACAAUAUGUUGAAGAUUUUCAAAAGGAAAAUACAGAAAAUGGAAAAAUUUUAUAUUUGAAAGAAAAAAAAGGAAUAAAUAAAUAUAACAAUGAAAAGGAUAUGAUGUGUAAUCAUUCAGCAUUCGACAAUAAUAUGGUACAGAAUAAUAAUGUGUUAGAUAACAAUAUGUGUAAUAAAAAAAAUAUUAAAAAAAAAAUGAAAAAGAAUAAUGUUAUCAAAUUUAUGGUUGAUAAUUAUGUAAUUAAUGAUGUUUCAAAUAAAAUGAACCAUCAUAAUGAAUCCCUUCAAGAAAAUAAUAAUUAUUCUGUAUUACAAAUACCAAAUAACAACAAACAAAUUAAUAAUAAUAUUAGAGCUAAUGUAAUAUUAAAUAAUGAAUUCAAUUUGGAUGUGCAAAAAUUUAGAAAUACAGAAGAAACGAUGAAUAAAAUAGAAUCCAAUAAAAACGAUAAAGAAGAAAGGUUACAAUUUGAAAAGGAAAAAAAACAAAUAUUAAAAAGAGAAAAGAAACUUCGAGAAAAUCAAGAAAAAAAAAGGAAACAAAAUCAAGAAAAAGAGAAUAAGAAACAAGAAAAAAUUAUCAAAAAAAAAGAACUUUUAAUACUGGAAAAAGAAAUACGAAAGAAAUUGAAAGAAGAAAAAAAAUUAAAAGAAAAAGAAGAAAAGAAAAAGGAAAAAGAAAAAUUUUUAAAAAAUGAAAAAGAAAUUAAAAAAAAAAUCAAGGAAGAUAAAAAAAGACAAAAAGAAGAAUUUCUAAGAAAAAUUAAAGAAGAAAAAAAAAAAUUAAAAGAAGAAAAAAAAAAAUUAAAACAAGAAAUUAUAAAUAGUAUAAAAGAGGAAAGGAAAAAAUUUAAAGAACUCAAAUCCAAAUUUAAAAAAAUUAGUAAAAAGGAUAACCAUUUAAAUAAAGAUAAGAAAAAAACAAAACAAAACAAAAUAGAUAAAUCUAAUCAAUCAAAUAUGAAUAAAAAAGAAUAUAAUAAUAAUGAUAAAAAAAAAGACGAUAUUAAUUAUCAAUUCUUAACAGAUCAAAUAAAUAAUAAUACAGUAGAUAAAAAAAAAAGAAAAAAAACUCAUGAUAUCUCAUUAAGUAUAAAAAAAAAAAAGAAAUGUACUAAAAAUAAUUUAUUAUUAAAUUCUAUUAAUGAUAUAAAAAGUGAUUCAUUAUCAUUUAUCAGCACCUUUCCCACAUUCAAUAAUAUCGAAAAAGAACAAGAGGAUAGGAAUGAAAUAAAUGAUAUCUUAAAAUUAAUUGAAAUUAAAAAAGUUGUAAAUACACAAGAGAAGAAUGAUUACAUCGAAUGUUUACAUAAAUCGAAGUCAAAAAAUGUAAAGAGGAAUAAAGAUAAAAUAAAACAAAAUCAAUUAUUAUCAAAAGGAAAUAAUAAAAUUAUUACAAAAAAUGGUGAACAUAUGAAUGAUCAAAGUGAUCCAUUGAAUCAAAUCAAUUCUGAUUUAUUAAAUAUUGAUGAUUUUUUAAUUAAUAAUAUGAACACAAUAAUAAAAAAAUAUAAAAAAGGUGAUACGUCAAAUGUAGAUAUGUCAAAUGUAGAUAUGUCAAAUGUAGAUAUUUCAAAUGUAGAUUUUUCAAAUAAAGACAUUUCAAAUAAAGACAUUUCAUAUGUAGACAUUUCAAAAAAAAAUGUUGUUCAUACAAACAAUUCAUUACAUAAUAUAGAUAAUAUUCAUUACAAUAAAAAUAUGAACAAUUCAGAAAGACAUAACGAAAGUGAAAUAAAUGAAUUAAUAUUAAAAGGCCUGAAAAGUUUUGGAGAUAUAAAAAAUUUAAAAAGUUUACAAAAGAUUUUAAGAAUAAAAGAAUCAAAAGGUAAAAACAAAAUAGAAACAGUCGUACAUAUACCUAAUAACGUUAUUGAAAGAAGUGUUGCAAAAAAAAUUGUUUUGAAUAAACAUGAAGGUAUAAAAAAUAAAGAUGGUGUAAAAGAAAAAGUGAAAACAAAAAAAAAAAUUUCUUUAUUUGGAAUAGUAAAACCAGAAGAUAUAAUAAAAAGAGGUAUAAAUAAUGUGUAUCAUAAUAUUGAAGAUAAUCAAAAGUUAUAUACAGAUGUUCUAAUUAUAGGUGCAGGCAUAUCAGGAUUAGCUGCUUCGUAUUACUUAAAUAAAUGUAAUGCUAAAUUUUUAGUUAUUGAAGGUAGAAAUCGUAUAGGAGGUAGAGCUUUUUCAACCAUAUUACCAGAAAGAAUUAUAAAUAAUAAAGUUUUACCAGAAACAGUUGUUGAUUUAGGUGCAAAUUAUUUACAUUGUUGUGAUAAUGCAGAUUUAACUAACGAUAAAAAAGGAAAGACAAAACAUGAGUUCGCAAAUUGUACGGAAUUCAAUAAUGAGAAAUCUAUGCGAAAGGAAGAUGAUAUCGACUAUGAAGAUAAUUUUAUUUGGAAUAUGAAAAAAAAAAAAACAAAAAAAAAAAAAUAUAAAGUCAUAGUUAAGAAACGUAAAUAUAAUUAUAAUAAAGAUAAUGGUAAUGAUAAAAAUAAAAUGGGGAACUUUUCAAUAUAUGAUGUACAAAAAGAAUAUGUAACAAAUAUCAAUUUAUUUAAGGAAGAAUAUUCAAAAUUGAUUAAUGAUUUUGCAUACCUUCCUUAUUUUGAAUAUCUUAAUAAUUCCUUACAGAGUGAACAUAAUCAGGAUGAUGAAAAUAAAACGGGUGAUAAGAAUAAAAUUUCUGGUGGGAAUAAAAACAUUUAUAGAUACCUUAAUUCUAAUAAGAAUAUAUCGUGUAACUCGAAUAUAUAUAAUAAUCAAAGAUAUUACAGUGAUGAGGAUUAUUUUUAUAGUAGACGUAUAAAAAAUAGGAGAAAAAUAAAAUUGAGAAAUAACAUGCUCUUUAUGAUAAAAAAUAAUAUUGAUAAUAUACGUAAUUAUUUUAAAAUAUAUAAUAAAGAAAAAAAAGAUAAUAUAUUAAAUUUCUUUAAAAGUUUAGAUGAAGAUAUCCAUUUUUAUAAUAAUUUAAGUGAUAGUUGUGUACACACAUCUUCUGUGCUGUAUCCAAAAAAUAAUUGUACAAACAAAUCAAAUAAAUUAUUAAAAAUAUUAUCGUUUAAUAAAGAUACUAGAAGGAGAAGAGAGUAUGAUAAAUCGGUUACACAACUAGCCGAAAAAUUAAAGCCAAGAGUUUCUUUAGUUUGUGGAAAGGAUAACUGGGAGUCAACCUUUUAUGCACAUUGGUAUAAUAAUGAAAAUGGAAAAAAAAUAAAAAGUUUUAAAAUUUAUAGAGUGAAUUUGUUAUGUGAUAAAAUAAGAGUAAGAGCUGCUCGAAAAAUGAGAAAUUUUUUAUUUAUUGGUGAUAGUUGUAAUGAUGAAUAUCAAAAAGAUAUAAAAAGUGAGGAUCAGCAAAAGUCCAAUAAUAAUUAUGUAAGUGACGAUACUAAUGAAAAAGAUAGUGAUUAUUUCUAUAAUAAUGAUAUAUUAAAAGAAGAUAAACAAAUUAAUAAUAAUAUUCUUAUUGAUGAUACGUACCAUAAAGAAAUAUUAUUUAAUAAUAAUCAUGUGAAGAAUAUUAAGCCAAAUGAAAAUAAUAUAAUUCGUAAUGAAAAUUUUGAAGCAAGUGUUUUAUAUAAUAAUAAAGAUGAUAUGAAAUUAGAAAAUGAAGAAAAUGGAAAAAAUGCAGAAAAUGGAAAAAAUGAAGAAAAUGGAGAGAAUGGAAAAAAUGCAGAAAAUGGAAAAAAUGAACAAAAUGAACAAAAUGGAAAAAAUGGAAAAAAUGAAGAAAAUGAAGAGAAUGGAAAAAAUGAAGAGAAUGGAAAAAAUGAAGAGAAUGGAAAAAAUGGAAAAAAUGAACAAAAUAAAAAUAAUGAGAAAACAUCAAAGAAACAUAUAAUUAGCUCAAAAAAGAAAAUGUCCAAAGUUGAUAUGAACAAUAUUUUAAGUUAUGAUAAUCAUGCUAUAAUUUAUAAUAAUUAUUAUGAUUAUGGUGAUUUAUAUAAUAAAGUUGUAAGAAAUGUAUCAUCUACUAAUAGAAAUAUUGAUGAUGAAGAGAGAAAAGAAAAAAAAAAAAAAGAAGAUAUAUCAAAAACCGAAUUAUAUUACAAUAAUAAAAAAAGAAGGAGUAUGUGGGAUUUAUUAAUGGAAUGUACAGAAGAAAUAUUUACCGAGAUGAAUAUAAAUGAAGAAAAUUUUACAAUGGAAGAAUGGAAAAUGUUAAUGGUAACAUUACAAUCAAGAUAUGGUUAUGGAAGUGAUCUAAGAGAAACAUCUAUUGCUAUGUCAAGAUUGCCAUUUUCAAAUUAUCUAGAUAUUGAUAUGUGUCCAAAAUAUGGUAGUAAUAAUUAUAUAUUAAAAAAUAUAAAAUAUUAUGAUAAGAUUAAAAAAAAUGAACAAACACCUUAUAUUAGUUCAUUUAAAGAUUUAAAUACUUCAGAUAAAAUUGUUGUUGAUGGUUGGAAAUGGCUAAUUAAUUAUUUAUCUGAGGAGGUUCAAAAUAAGAUAUUCUUAAAUACAGUGGCUGAAUUGGUAUAUAUAAAAGAUAAACAUCAAGAUAAAAAGAUAUAUCAUUUGGAUAAUGAUAAUUGUCAGAUUAAUAAGCAAAAGUCUUCAUCCUUUUUAAAUACUAAAAAAAAAAAUAAUAAUAAUAAUAAUAAUAAUAAUAAUAUAGAAAGUGUUGAAAAUAAUUCUAUAAAUAGUGAUCACGUAAUAAACCAAGAUAAUAAUAGUUUUGUACCACAAAAUGAAGUAUCAAGUAAGAAUAAAAAAAAAUAUAUAAAUGAGAAUUUUUUAAUAAACAAUGUAAUUAAAGAUGAUUAUAAAUUAGGAGAAAAUAAUGAAGAUGAUUAUAAAGUUAUGAUUAAAUGUAAAUGUUAUGAUACUAAGUUUAAAAAUAUUAAUAAACAUUUCCAUGGUACAUCAGAUUUAAAUAAUUGUAAUUAUAAAAAUGUAACUAUUUAUGCAAAAUAUGUAAUAGUAGCUUUACCUCUUGGAUGUUUAAUAGAAAAUGAUAAAAAAAGGAAAUUAAAAACAUGCUUAAAAUUUGAACCUGAAUUACAUCCAUUAAAAUUAAGAGCAUUACAAAAUUAUAAAAUGGGAAAUCAUAAUAAAAUUAUAUUAAGAUUUUAUCCAUAUAAUUUUACAUGGCCAUUUGAUAGUUUGCAAAUAAAUUGUAUUGAUCAAAAAUUUCAAUUUUUAAAUUUACAUGCUUAUGGAAAAAUUGGAUGUAUAUUAGUUCAUUGUUUCCCACCUUGGUCAUGCACAUAUGGAUAUAUUAAAAAAGAACAUUAUAUAAUUAAUGAAUGCUUAUAUACAUUAAAUAAAAUGUUUGAAAAAAGUGGGAAAAAAUUACCAAUAUUAGUUGAUUAUAUUAUAACAAAAUGGCAAGAUGAUAAUUUCUCUUUUGGUUCCUAUGCAUAUCCAUAUAUAAAUUGUAAUGAUAAUGAUUUAAUAUAUUUAAGAUCACCUCAUCCAAUCAAUAAUCCAAGGGUAGUUUUCUGUGGUGAAUAUUUAUCCAAAAGCUAUUUCCAGUGUGUUGAUGGUGCUUAUGAUACAGGCAUACGUGCAGCUGAAGAUAUUGCACAUAUUGGAUUACAUUUAAAAAAUAAUGAUACUAAAAAUUAUAAAACCGAUGUUUAUAUAUUUCCACAAAAUAAAUGUCCUUUUACAAAUAUACCAUUACCACCUAUAAAAAAAAAAUUCUUGGGUUUUUAUAUAACAGAUGGAAGUGAUGAGGCGUUAACAGAUUAUGAAAGUUCAUCGGACGAAAAUAUGAAUACAAAUGUUGAUAUAAAUAUUGAUAUAAAUAGUAAUACAAAUAUUGAUAUAAAUAAUAAUACAAAUAGUAAUACAAGUAGUAAUAAUAAUAAUACUAAUAAGUAUAAUUAUUGUAAUAAUAAUAUUCCUAUAUCUGUUAUGAAAAAGGAAUAUGAAUUCUUACUAUAUUCUUUGCAGUCCAUACAAAAUAUAUUCAGAUUUUUGAAAAAGCAAAAUACACAUAAAAAUUUUAAACAGGAUAAAAAUAUUAACCAUAUAAAGAAUGAAACUGAUGCAUUAAAAUGUAGUAGUUAUAAAAAAGAAAUCAAAUCUAAUACAUACGAAUCAUUUACAAACAAUUCUUUAAUUAAUUUUGAAGAUAAGAAAAGUAACGAUGUUAAGAGUAAUAUCAGUACUUUAUUAUUAAAUCUAUAUGAAUAUAAUAAUAAAAGUACAGAUCAAAUACAUUAUUUUGAUCGAAUUAAAUCUAUUGAUAGUUAUAAAAGCAAGUAUAAAAAUGGUUCAUAUUUAUUGGAAUUACACUCAAAAGAUAGUGAAAAUGAUAGUAAUAAAAAUGAUGCAAAUAAUAUUUGCACAAUUGAGACUUUUAAUAAUGUUGACAAGAAUAAUAAGGGCGAUCAUAUUAAUGAUGUUCAUAAUGAUGUUUAUAAUGAUGUUUAUAAUGACAAAUAUACUUCUAAUUAUAAUAUAGAAACCUAUUCCCAUAUAACAAAUAACCAUUUUGAAUAUAUUAAUAACAUUUCUAAUUUAUAUAUAAAUAAAUAUAUGAUAAAAUUGAACGAUGCUGUAUUUUAUAAUUAUAACGAAAUCGAAAAUACUAUAUUAAAUAAACAACAUAAUGCUGAGUACAAUAAAUCCUAUUUUGUAUUAUUGCAGACUUUUUCAAAUAUAUUUAAGAAAUAUUCCGAUUUUACUUAUUUUAUACAAAAGGAGUUAUUUUUAAAGAUACAAGCAAUGAAGCAUAUUCUUUUUAACGAUAAUAAUUUUCAGUCUUUACAAGAUAUGAAUGUUGUAUUAUCACAAGCAGAACACAAAAAUGAUCAUAUUGUUUCUCAUAAUAAUCAUAUGAAUGAUGUGGAUAGAAAAAAAGCAUAUGAACAAAAUACAGAUAUAAUAAAUGAGGAUGAUAAAGAAAUAUCAUAUUUUCAUGAGAAAAUGGAAGAAGUGAAUAAUAUGAAUAAAAUGAAAUUAUCUUUAAAUUUAAUAAAGUCAAAUAUGGUAGGUAAUAAUAAUGAUGAUGAUAAUAAUAAUAAUAAUGGUCAUAUACAAAAGAGCAAUAUUAGUACAGAUGAAUUAGAUAUAAAUAAGAUUAAUUUAAAUAGUAAAACAAAAAAUAAUAAUAUAACUAAUAAGAAGGAUGUAAUGAUUCAAACAAAUUUGAAUAUAUAUAAUAAUAUUGAUUUACAAAAUAAAAUAAAAAACAUAUAUAUUAAUAACCGAAAAAUAUGUUAUUUAAAUGAUUAUUUAAAAUAUGUAUUAAUCCAUCUAUCAAUUAGUAAAAAUAUAUUAGAUGAACAAAUUAUGAGUUCAAAUAAUAAUAAAUGGAAUUCUUGUGGUUUUCUUUUUUUUCUAUGUUAUAUUUUACAAUAUAUAUUAAAACAUUUAAAAUAUGAUUUGUUUAAUAGUACUGUUAAUACUAAGGUAGUUAUCCAAUUAUUAUGUGAUUAUAUUUAUUAUCUUAUUUUUUGUAAACAUGAUAUUUUAUGUUAUAAGUGUAUGAACGGAGGAGAACUAAAUAUGUGUGAUUCUUAUAACUGCAACAAUUCAUGGCACACCUAUUGCUUAAGUUCGAGUGAACAUAACAUGAAUAAUAAGAAUGACAAAUUUUGGUUAUGUCCUAGUUGUUCAAAUAUUGAUAUAUCUAAACAUGUUCAGAGAGGUUGUUAUAAUCAAAAUGAGAUUAUGGAAAAUUACUGGAAGAGAAGAAUUUAUAUUUAUAAAAUAAAAUUCUUCUUAUCAAGAACAAGAAAGAUAAGAAAGAGAUUAGAUUUAUUGAAAGCUCACUUAUCAAGAAGUGUUGCUUAA